AACGAUUACGAAAUACGACACACAUUGGGAACGCACUAGCUCGCACUAGCAUCGGUACUACUGCAGAGAGCCACUGUCUAGUUCCAACGUCCGAUAACCUGCCCUGCCUAUGAUCCCCAAUUUCACCAAACCCAAAUAGGAAACCCUAAAAGUAGGAAUCUUUGUCCCAAAUUCCCAGCACAAAUCGAGUUCUAUUUCUGGGUUUUUCAGCAAAUUUAGAAAUUCUGGGUUUUUCAGUAAAAAAAAUUUGGAAACUUAGGGUUUUUUUCAUGUAUUAACUUUUAGGGUUUUCGGGCAAAUUUAGAAAUUCUGGGUUUUUCAGCAAAAAAAAUUUGGAAACUUAGGGUUUUUUUCAUGUAUUAACUUUUAGGGUUUUCUCCCGAAAACCCUAGCUUUUAUUCAAUUCCCAUUAGUGCAGGCCAAUCUUGAAGAAAUCAAAUUUAGGGCUUUUGGGAGCAUUUCCUAUUAUUAUGGUUUCAGGACCAUUGGUGGGCGACGAAGCGAGCAACAAGGCCUAUUCCAGAACGACCCAGAACAAGUCCAAGAAUCCCAACCAUGUCCUCCACCACUCAUCGCCGCCGCCUCAGGACCUGACGCAACUCCGCGGCGCGCUGGCAUCCAACGAUUCGACGAGCCACAAUGGCCUGCUACCGGGCUUUGCCGAACCGGUCGACGGUCCACGUGGGUACGCCAAGUUCGGGAACAUGGUUCGGAUUCGGUUGGGUUCUCAGUCCAAGGACGAUAGGAGACAGAUCAAGGGGAAGCUGACGGGCGAGCUCGAGCAAGUUAGGUGCUUGAUGAAGAAUCUUGAAGCUAAGGAGAUUGAGCUUGGUGAAAGGUAUGGUCAAUCACUUUCGUCUAAUCAUGCAGUAGAUAAUGUUAAACCUACAAUGAGAGCCAAUUUGGAGGCGGGUUCUGUAGGACUCCGUGAUUCUGGGAAGUAUCGGGGUUUGAGUGUUUCGGUUGCGGAGAAUAAGAAUGGGGUUGGUCAGUUUGUGGAGAAGGAGAAUGUGAAGAAGAGGCCAAAGACAAACCAACGUUCGGAGUUUCUGAUUGGGAAGGAAAAGUUACCGCCUUCAGAGAGUAGCAAGAAGUUGAAACCCACUCAAGGGGGGAGAGAUGGGGGUGGGGGAGAGCCCUGGUUCAGGUCAGGUAAGAACCGGAGCAAAAUGUUUCAGAAUUGUAGUGCUUUGCUUGAAAAGUUGAUGAAGCAUAAGUUUGGCUGGGUGUUUAAUAAGCCUGUGGAUGUGAAGAUGCUUGGUCUUCAUGAUUACAAUACGAUUGUUAAGAAACCAAUGGAUUUGGGCACGGUGAGGACGAGGCUGAACGAGAAUUGGUAUAAGACGCCAGCGGAAUUUGCAGAGGAUGUGAGACUUACAUUUAACAAUGCAAUGUUGUAUAACCCGAAAGAGCAGGAUGCUCAUCUUAUGGCGGACCAGUUGUUGAAGUUGUUUGAAGUGAAAUGGACGGAUGUAGAGGCUGAGUAUAAUCUCAAUCUGAGAAAUGAAUUGGGUAAUAAUUCAAAUUUCACAACACCUGUUUCAAGAAAAGAUGAAGCUCCCGCUCCACCCCCUCCUCUGGCAUCGAAUAUGAGGACUCUGGAUAGAGCAGAAUCUAUUACAAAGCCUGUUGACCGCAAGUUGAAACCUGUGAGUUCUGGUCAUCCAGGUAGGGUAUCAGUUCCAAAGAAACCAAAAGCCAGGGACCCCGACAAAAGGGAUAUGAGUUAUGAGGAGAAGCAGAGGCUCAGUGCAGACCUCAUGACUUUGCCUUCUGAGAAACUGGAUAACGUUGUGAAGAUUAUUAGGAAAAGGAACCCAGGGCCUUUUCAGCAAGAGGAUGAGAUUGAAGUGGACAUUGGUAGUGUUGAUCCUGAAACGCUUUGGGAACUGGAUAGGUUUGUGACUAAUUACAAAAAAAGUUUGAGCAAAGUUAACAGAAACGUGGAGCUUGGUUCUCAAUCAAUAGCAGAGCCCUGCGAUACCAUCCAGGAGAUGACUGUAGCACCAGCCACUACAAUGGCGGCAAAAGAAGCCAACGCAGUGGAAAACAACAGUAAUGCAUUUUCCCCAGUUCGAAUAGAAGAGCAAGGUGAUAAUGUGAGUGGAUCAAGUAGUUCUAGCAGUGAAUCUGAAUCCUCUUCAAGUGAUUCUGACAAUGAAAGUUCCUGCGGUGUUGAAUCAGAUUCAAAUCAUUGACCUAGGACUUGAAUUGAUUUAGUUGAGAUCUUUUGAGAAGUUUUUGUUCGGCCCGGGAUAUAGUUGGUGUAGAUCAAAGCGUCCAAAGCGGGUCAUCUUAACUGCUGCUCCUGAUCAGAGUUCGUCAGAGGUGUAUAUCAACGUAGGAAAGUUAAUUAAUUAGUAGUUGUCGCAUAUGGAAGAAUAUGAAAAUAGUAGAACGAACUAUUCUGAAGGCAGGAAAAAGUUUGUAUAAAAAAUAUUUACAAAUGCAAACUGCAAGCUACUUGCUUAUCAUUUCCUCUUAAAAAGUGAUAUGUUAGAAGUUGUUUUUAUGGUUGGGCUUC